UGGCACAAGAUGACAUGGAAUUCACCAAGCAUUUGGGGAGGUUCCGGUCCUUAUGGUCAGAGCUGGAGAUGCUGAGGCCAAGCACAAUCGAUCCAGAGCUGCUUAAUGAGAGGAGGUAGCAGGAUAAGGUCUUUGGACUCUUGCUUACCUUGAAUCCGGCUUACUACUCACUGAUUAAGCACAUGUUGAGAGCGGAUAAGCUACCAGACCUUGAGGAGGUGUGCUCUCAAAUUCAGAAGGAGCAGGGGUCUAUUGGAUUGUUUGGAAGCAAAGGGGAAAUGUCACUGGCAAAUCAGGCUGCGCAAACCAACUCUGAUGAAGCUCCUCAAGCAAACAAGGCCGGCUACAGCAAGUUUGAAGACAGGAAGUUCAAUGGGAGUUGUGAUCAUUGCAAGAAGCAUGGUCACAAGAAGAGCCAGUGCUGGAUACUCCACCCCCAUUUGAAGCCGGCCAAGUUCUUGAAGGAGAGAGAUGCCAGGGCGAAUGUGAGUGAAGGAUCAAGCAGUGCUGGCCCCUCAGAAAUGAGCAAUGAUGAAGGAGGAAGGAAGAGUGACGGCAAGUCCUUGGUGGCGUAUGCAGGCAAUCCAAAUCACCGAGGAGGGGAGCAAGACUACAUUAGGAGAUCAGACAUUGACUCCCUCAUCAAGAUGCUUAAGGAAAACGGAUAUUGAGAGCAGCCAGUUGAUUGGAAAAGGAGUUACUAAAGGGGAUCUUUACAUGCUUGAAGAAUUAGCUCCUGUUUCUGAUUUUAGUUGUUCAUUUACCACUACUUCUAGCUUGAAUAAGAAUGUUUUGUGGCAUGCUAGAUUAGGACAUCCUCAUAGUAGAGCUUUGAAUUUGAUGUUGCCAGGUGUUAAUUUUGAAAAUAAAGACUGUG